UAAGCUAAUUUAAAUACAGCCUUACUAGCUAAAACUGGAGACAGAGAGAGGAGCAUUCAGAGCUUCAGACGCCUGCAGAGAAGAUGGAGAUGAAGAUGAGCUGUGUGUGUUUGGUGCUGGGGCUGGUCCUGCUGAUGACCGUCUCCUCAGAUGCUACCCCACAUGCCAGUGGCCAACCUGAUAUGUGCUGUUUCAACUUCGUCCGUUUUAACGUUCCAAAAGAAAACAUUGAAAAAAUUGAACCAACAAAUUCCAACUGCCCACAGUCUGGCUAUGUGGUUACAACGAAGAAGAACAAGCAGCUCUGCAUGAGGGAAAUAAUCCUGAAAAAUGACUAACUUCAGAGCUGCAGCUUCAACACAGCCCCGACGCAGCAAACAGAGCAGCUAAAAGCUUCACACUCCCCUUUAAUCAUCACGGGAUUUUAUCAAUCAGCGCUUUGCUUUUUUCUCUGUUUAUCGGUUCAGUUUUAAUCAGCUUUGUCAUAUCAUUGAUGGUUUAACUCUGUGGAAAUAAAACAAUUUAUAACAAAAAUCUCAGCAGAGCAAAGUAACAUCGGAAAGACCAAUUAAAGUUCGGUGCUGCAGCUUCUAUACAGUAUACAAUACAUAACACAGCUUCUAUACAGUAUACAGUGUAUUGUGUCUUUGCAGUAUUUGUAAUGCUUAUUUUAUGCUGUGAAUCAAAAUAAAACAAUGCAUUUCAAACA